ACUUCACCUGGUAUAUAUGUUAGCCGUACCAAUCCUAAUAGAGAGGUUGCAGUUUUGGUCAUUUUGUUGCCUAUAAAAAAAAAACCACACCAAGCACAUAGUUAAGCCCAAUUAUCUAUUCACUCAGCCAAUUUUAGAGGGAAAAAAAUGGGUUCUCUUUGCGCAAAUUCUAAAAACACUCUUCUUCAUGGCAAAUUCUCUGACCCUAAUUAUGUUGCAAUUUUCGACACGACGCUUCGUGAUGGAGAGCAGGCCCCUGGUGCCGCCAUGACCACUAAACAAAAAAUGGACAUUGCACGUCAGCUAGCCAAGCUUGGUGUUGAUGUCAUUGAGGCUGGUUUCCCAGCUGCUUCUGAGGCUGAUUUUGACCUUGUAAAGUUGAUCGCACAGGAAAUUGGUAAUAACGUAGAUGAAGAGGGGUACAUGCCGAUGAUUUGUGCCUUGGCAAGAUCUACUAAGAUGGAUAUUGAAAAAUCUUGGGAGGCUUUGAAGUAUGCAAAGAGACCAUUGAUUCAAACGUUUAUCGCGACGAGCGAUAUACAAAUGAAGUAUAAACUAAAUAUGAGCAGAGAAGAAGUUGUGGAGAGAGCUAGGAGCAUGGUGGCUUAUGCAAGGAGCCUUGGGUUUGAAAAUGUUAGGUUUGGCAUUGAAGAUGCUACAAGAUCUGAUAAGGAGUUUCUUUAUCAUAUUGUUGGAGAAGUUAUCAAAGCUGGUGCAACAAUCAUUUGUCUUGCUGAUACUGUUGGAUGCAAUUUGCCCAAUGAAUAUGCACAACUAAUUACAGACAUAAAAAUGAAUACUCCAGGAAUUCAACAUGUAAUUAUUGCAGUACACUGUCACAAUGAUCUUGGCCUUGCUACAGCCAACACAUUAGCUGGAAUUUGUGCAGGGGUAAGACAGAUAGACGUAGCCAUCAACGGCAUUGGUGAAAGAGCUGGAAAUGCUUCUCUAGAAGAGAUAGUAAUGGCUAUAAAAUGUCGUGGAGAGGAAGUAUUAGGUGGCCUCUAUACUGGGAUUAAUACAAAGCAUAUAUUCACCACAAGCAACAUGGUAGAGGAGUAUAGUGGGCUUAAGCUGCAGCCACAUAAGGCCAUUGUUGGCGCUAAUGCUUUUUCUCAUGAGAGUGGAAUUCAUCAGGAUGGAGUAUUAAAGAACAAAAGUACAUAUGAGUUUAUAUGUCCAGAAGAUGUUGGAUUUAUUCGUGCUAGUGAACACGGUAUUAAAUUGGGAAAACUCAGUGGACGUCAUGCGUUGAAAAUCAAAAUGCUUGUGCUUGGAUAUAAUUUUGAGGGAAAAGAACUUGAGGACCUCUUUUGGCGAUUCAAGUCAAUGGCUGCGAGUAAAAAGAAUAUAACAGAUGAUGAUUUAAGAGCACUUGUAUCAGAUGAAACUAUCCAACCUCAAAUUGCUUGACAACUUGGAGAUAGAUGAGCUUGUCACCUAUUGAUGGAAGAGCUUAUCUAAUGUUGGAGUAGCUCAGGGUUUUGUGCUACAUUAAUUGAUGUAUUAAAUUUUCUUGGAGACACUAAUGUGGAUUCAAUAUUUUAAUUUUAUGAGUCAAUUUCAAAGUGUUGAACCCCUUGUAUUUUGCUAAACCAUGAGUUUAGACCUAUUUUUGCUGUAAUUUUAAUUUUUUUUAUGAAUAAAUUUAUGUUUCGCGUUAA